GGGAGAAGGAGAAGGGCGUGGACGCUUUUUUGUGAGGAAAUGCCAAGGUAUAACUUUCUUCACAAGGGAGACCUCAAACGGUUCUGAAGCGAGAAGCGCCUCUGCGAGCUUUGUUGAGAGGAUGACAACAUCGCUGGGAAACCGGGCAGCUGGACUUGUCACAGACACCAGUGAAGAAGUGGAAGAUGAGAACCAUCUGGGCAAGCCAAUUACCCCAAGACAUUGCUGUCCCCCACCAGGCAUCAGUGUCCUUGAGAAGCUCAUCAAGACAUGCCCGGUUUGGCUUCAGUUGAGCAUCAGCCAGGAAAAAGCUGUCCAAAUACUCUGCAAGGAGCCCGUAGGGAUAUUCAUAGUUCGGAAAGAUGAGAACCUGAAAAAUCUGCUUCUCUCAGUUCAUUUCCCAGCCCUGGUGGAGGCUUCUGACAUUUCAGAAUACAGGAUUAAAGAAGAAAAAUCAUUACUGUAUUUGGAAGGGUCCUUUCUCGUGUUUGAAGAUAUCUUCAAACUGAUUGCAUUCUACUGUGUCAGUAGAGAUUUGCUUCCCUCCACGCUAAAGCUGCCACAAGCAAUAUUGGAAGCCAAUAGUGUUACAGAUCUAGAAACCAUCUCUAGUCUGGAGAUAGGUUUCUGGGACUCCGCUUUAAAUCAAAGGCGGGGAGGGCAGUUCCCUCACUCUGUGAAAGGUCUUGCUUUUGCCACAGCUCAAGCGAAAAAGGAGGGGGAAACUAUCCAGUGUUUUGCAAGCAGCACGGACAAUUGUUCAUGUGAAAUUGAGCUGUCAAUAGGAAAUGACAGGCUGUGGUUUGUAAAUCCUAUUUUUAUAGAGGAGAGAAGCAACCAGUUUCCCCCGGAUGUUCCUCUUCUUCCUCCUCCACCACCUCCUCCUCCUCCUUCUCUAGAGACUUGCAGGAAAGAUCCUUCUUUUACUAGCGACACCGUGACAAGGCCUCCAAAGAGGUCUCCCAGUCGCCGCCCGCCGCCACCACCUCCUCUGCCUCUUCAUGCUGUGAAGCAGCCUGAAAAGUCUCCCAUGACCACUUCUGAAGAGCUUCGGGAUCUGGAGAAAAACAAAAAGGAAAUGAAAACUGAAGUUAGCCAAAGCAAAGAAGAUGAUGGGCGGCCGUCUUUGUCUCUCAGCGAUUCUUUUACCACAAAGAGAUGCAUCCCUCCUUCCAUUCCGCCAAGGAGGUGCAUAUCCGAGAGAUAUUCUGGAAAGGACUGCUUUGAAAAAUCUGAGAAGUGUCCAGCAGCAGGUGGAGAACUGGUGGGAAAACGGAGCAGUGGGGAUGAAGGUUGCAUUUCAUGUGCUGUUGAGCCUCCAGAGGUGUUUGAAGAGGUUUCGGAGAAAGAUCCAGCAUCGUGUCAAGGGGGGGAGCCCAACAACGAGGCCAAGAACCAGCUGGUGGCUGAGCUGCAAAAGAAGCCCUCAGAGAAGUCGGCAGGGCCUCCUAUCCCACCCCCAAGGAAGAAAAGGAUCUCACGACAGGAGUCAUCCGCCAGCUCUUGCCAUUCAAAACCAGUAUGUGCUGAAGAGUCAGAAUUGCCGGUUCCAAAAGGAAAGGGAAAGCCAGUAAAAAAAAGUUGCUCCAAUGCAAAAAGGGAAUCAAAAUUUGCCCGUCAGCCUCUUAGCUUCUCAGAUCUUGAAAGUUCUCAUGACUCACUGGACAGCCCAGUAAGCAACGUGGGGGCUCAGACACCAGCCUCUGAGCCAGAAUCCUAUUCCACCAGCAGCACUGAGGAUGAGCUAGAGCUGGUGACCAGCCCGUCGGUGAAGAAGACCCGCUCCAUGAUAUUAGGCAGGGCCAAGAACCGCCUGUCCAUGGUCAGCCUGAGCAAUGUCUUCACUGCUUUCCUGUCCGCUGACCGAAAGCUCCAGAAGAAGAUUGUGGAGCUGGCCCAAGACAAAGACUCUUACUUUGGCCGCUUGGUGCAGGACUAUAAAGUAUACAGCCUGGAGAUGAUGGCGAGGCAGAGCUCCAGCACUGAGAUGCUGCAAGAGAUCCGCUUAAUGAUGACCCAGCUGAAGAGCUACUUAGUACAAAGCAGGGAGAUAAAAACCUUUAUGGACCAGGCUGUUCACACGGAUGAGCAACUAGAGGUGAUUGUCGAGUCAGCUUUGCACAAGUGCGUCUUGAAGCCUUUAAAAGACGCCAUCAAUACCUGUCUUAGGGAAAUCCACAGCAAAGACGGAUCCUUCAAGCUCCUGAAAGAAAACCAGCAAGUCAUACAAAACACAACGACCACUGACUUGGGAGUCACCACCAGUGUGCCUGAAUCCACAUUGCUGGAGAAAAUCCUGCACAAAUUCACAACCAUGCACAAGGCCUACUCUCCAGAGAAAAAGAUUAGCAUCCUACUGAAGUCCUGCAAACUCAUCUACGACUCUAUGACUCAGGGAAACCAAGGGAAGCUUUACGGGGCAGAUGACUUCCUCCCGGUGCUCAUGUAUGUACUUGCCCGCAGCGACCUGCCAGAGGUGCUUCUGAAUGUGGAGUACAUGAUGGAACUCAUGGACCCUGCACUGCAGCUGGGUGAAGGCUCGUACUAUUUAAUCACUACUUAUGGGGCGGUAGAGCUUAUCAAGAGCUAUGAUAAGAUCACAGUCACUCGGCAGCUGAGCUCAGAGGUCCAAGAUUCCAUUCACCGCUGGGAGAGAAGGAGAACGCUUAACAAAGCCCGGGCUUCCCGGUCAUCUGUUCAGGAUUUCAUCACAAUCUCCUUUAUGGAGGCUGAGGCGAACACCAGGACACUGGCCUACCGAACUGACUCAACAACGCACCAGCUGAACCAGCAGUGCGCUGAGAAAUUCGAAGUCCCAGAGCCUCAGAACUAUGGGCUGUUUGUUCAGGUUGACGACAAGAACCUGCGGCUAGAUGAUGACGCCCUUCCUCACCGCAUCAAAUCCCACCUCCUGAGCAAAGAGCCCAAGCCGACUUUCCAUUUUAUUUAUAAGGAGAUGGGCGGAGAGGAACCACCGGUUCCCAUUAUCAAGGACCCAGAUGUUUUAUAACAGCCAAGCUGUUCUCUUGUAGCAGACUCGUUCAAACAGCCGUGGCGUUUUUCAUUUCAAAACUUCCUGAUUUCCACCAGGUCACAGGAGCACAGCAAAGUGCAUCUUCUGAGCAGAAUGGUGAUGGUCGAAAGCCUAUGCAAAUCUUCAUCUGGGGCAUUUCCUCAACAGAAUUCAUUUUCCACAGAAAAUUGAAUAUUCCAAGCAGAUUGCACUCUUGGAGCGGGGGGGGGGGGGGGGGGACACGGACUUGAACAAUUCAGAACUGUAAAACGUGAGCAAAUGAUGUAACUUUUGUGCCAGCUGCCCUGGUACAAAGUAGGUAGGUUUGUGGUUAUGGGCAAAUGGUAAUAUAUCAGUCCAUCUAGUUAUCAAAUCAACAGUAUUAUCAGAGAAGGUCCACCAAAGAAAAUUCAAAUGGUCCUUCCUGUAGUAGUAAAAAAAGAUAACAAAGUGAAUCUAUGUGGCGUCCUUUCCUUUCCCAUCCAAGGAAACAAACUUGGGACCAGCUUGCUGUUUCAUGCAAACCAAGUAUUCAUGGUUUGUUUCUCGCCUAACAAAUCAUGAUGAUAAUAAUUAUUAUUUUAUUAUUUACACCGCACCCAUCUGGCUGGGUUUCCCCAGCCACUCUGGGCUGCUUAAGGCAUAUCUAAAAACAUAAUAAAAACAUAAGGCCUUAAAAACUUCCCUAAAGAGGGCUGCUUUCAGAUGUCUGCUAAAAGUCAGAUAGUUGUUUAUUUCCUUGACAUUUGAAGGGAGGGUGUUCCACAGGAAGGGCACCACUACCAAGAAGGCCCUCUGCCUGGUAAGCCAAACAACAAACCAUAAGUGGUAUUUCACACCUAAUGCCUUGUUUUCCUGAUUUGUUUUACCUCUAUCCAGGAAAUAAGGGGUAGGGGAGGAGCACCAUGAAGACAUUUUAAUAGCAUAUACUAGCACAAAUCUUUGCAUUAAACUUAUCAUAAUUUGAGCUAUGGUUUAACGUGACAUGUGAACCACUUUUGACAAGACUCCAACAUUUCCCCAGUGGUAAGGCAGACCCUAAGGGACACGGGUGGCACUGUGGGUAAAACCUCAGCGCCUAGGACUUGCCGAUCGUAUGGUCGGCGGUUCGAAUCCCCGUGGCGGGGUGCGCUCCCGUUGCUCAGUCCCAGCGCCUGCCAACCUAGCAGUUCGAAAGCACCCUCGGGGAUAAAUAGGGACCGCUUACUAGCGGGAAGGUAAACGGCAUUUCCGUGUGCGGCUCUGGCUCGCCAGAGUAGCUUCGUCACGCUGGCCACGUGACCCGGAAGUGUCUGCGGACAGCGCUGGCUCCCGGCCUCUAGAGUGAGAUGAGCGCACAACCCUAGAGUCUGUCAAGACUGGCCCGUACGGGCAGGGGUACCUUUACCUUUAAGGCAGACCCGGGAUAUAAAAGUAAUGUGCCUACAUAAAAUUAAGUCUAAAUAGACAUUUUUAAAAGAGUUCUCCCCCGCCCCCGGGUAUUUCUUUCCUACCCUUCCUUGUAACAUUUAGUUCAGAAAUAGGGAGCAUUUGACCCUUCAGAGCUUGCUAAGCUACACUUCCCAUCAGCCUUAGCAAGCAUGGCCAAUGGCCAGAGGUGAUGGGAAUUGUAGUUCAGAAACAUCUGGAGGGCCAGAGGUUCUGCUCACACAAUUUAGUUGGAAAAGAAAUGUGUGAAAUGAUUAUGUCCAUUGCUCCAGCUUUGCCUUGCAUCAUUGGCUGUUGGUGACAGAGCAGCAUGUGGUACAGUGAUUCUAUGUGGCUUUUUCACAAGCAAAAGACACAGAGCUGACACACGUGAAGAAACAAUGAGGGGGUUUUUUAUUCCACCAAGGACACAAAUCAGAAUCGAAGAUCAGAUCACACAGUGUGGUGGAAAUGUUUUCAUCUUGAAUCCACAUCGAAGUCACUUCUCUUUACCUUCCACAAACAUCCCACCUAACAGUUUAAGGGCAGGCAGUUUUACACGGAGGGAGGGAGGCAGAAGUAGAGGAAGAGAAAGGUGCACAGAGAAAGUGACGACAAAGAGAGACUUGAGAAGCAACAGCCAGUUAUGGGAAUUCUGUGUUCUGUAACAAUGAAAGCGAAAUGUUCGGAGUUAAAAUUGGAGGGCUGGGGCUGGGGGGGUGGAAUCUGUGUAACACCAUAUGCAGCUUUUGAGAUGCUACCACUGAGAUAAAUGGUGCAUUUUCUUCUGCUGUUGGUCACCCUGUGUGGAUAAAAUGUGGGGGUCUUUUCAAAGUCUGUACAGAGGCCACAAAAACAAACCUAGACAGCCUGGAUGUAAGUUGUACAGCUCAGUACAUAUGAUGUUUGCAGCAUAAACUUAUAAUCACACAAUGCAUACAGUCUUCCGAUAUUAAAAAAUACACCCCCUGAGUGAACAAUAUUGGCCUCGUACAUGUGGCUAAUUAAUUGUUACUCCCAACCCCUCCAUUCAUUUUAGCUGUAGCAACUUCCAUGAUCUAUUAUAUGUGUUACACAGUUUUUCUGAGCAGAGAAGUUGUAAGUGGGCUGCCGACUGCUGGGUCAUAUUUUGCAUCAGUGACUUGAGUUAGAUGUGCAGACAUUGUUUCCUGCUGUGCAGGAAACAAUGCCCUAGAAGAACUAUGUUGCUGGUCUACCUCUGUGACAAUUCUGCAGUGAAAAGUGUGCUGGGGGCGUAACCUAUCCCUAGAGCUCUAGGUUAGAGUUAAGCUGUCUAAAAGCAUUAGAAACAGAUUGGCCACCCAUUCACCCUGGGAAGCUGCUCCAUAAUUUUCUAAAGCACACGGUUAUGUCCGACCCACUGACUGCUCCCUGUCUGUUGAGGCAUGAGCUGUUUAAGAGCUUGAAAUCAACCAGUUCUUUAGGAAGUUAGCUACUGUGCUGGACUGAUCUGAUGAUAUCUUGAGGAGAAAGGGCCUUUUCUGUCACUUUAUAAAAGGAGCAUCUUCCAACAAUGUUUUCUUUUGUUUCGUAUAGAAAUAUUCCAUCUCCACCUUAGAUAUACAGAAGCAGUUUAUCAAAACUGUUGCAGUAAUGCCUGUUUAUGUGUAUUUAUUUCCCUGUGUCACUUUAUGUAUUUUGAGCAAUGUCUGGUUCAUAAUCAAAGACUUUGGAGGCACAAAUGCUCGCCGCAGUAAUUUUGCUUGGGUCCUCUGCAAGAGCUCAAAUAAAGAAAGUCAAAGGUCACUGGGUGGCCUCUCAGCUAUCACCCUACCUUUCGUACUCAGGGCCUGGAAAUGAAUCCUCUUACUGUGUUGCCUGUUUAAUCUUCUAACGAUGCUGUAUUGCUGUGUGAUUUUAUAAUAUAAAGCCAUGCUGUUUAAAAAAGUUGUCAUUGCUAACGUUCCUCCAAGAAAAACUGCUCCUGUUCCAAAAGGUUUGACCUUGGCAUUAAAAUCCCAUACAAAAGG